UUCUGAAGUAAAGAAUGGACAACAUUUACUAACCCUCAUGGCCAUGAAGAUCAAUCACCACUAUGUCUCCAUACCUAGCUUUAUAAAUAAAGUUCAUGCGCAUGGUGCGUACUUAAGUGCAGAGCUGAAUUAUAGUUUAUUUGCAUCCAUCGGCGAAAAACCAAGUAUGGCAGGGGUCCUGUCUGAGGUCCUGUCUGAAGAACAGAUUGCAGAGUUUCAAGAAGCUUUUUGUCUCUUCGACAAGGAUGGAGAUGGCUGCAUCACCAUUGAAGAAUUAGCCACUGUAAUCAGAUCAUUGGAUCAAAAUCCUACUCAGGAGGAAUUGCAGUGCAUGAUCAACGAAGUGGACGUUGAUGGAAACGGAACCAUUGAAUUUGGGGAGUUCUUGAAUUUAAUGGCAAGGAAAAUGAAGGAAAAUGAAGCAGGGGAGGAAUUGAAAGAAGCUUUUAAAGUGUUUGACCAGGACCAAGAUGGUUACAUAUCACCAAAUGAGUUGAGGCAUGUAAUGAUAAAUCUUGAAGAGAGGCUGACAGAUGAAGAGGUAGAUCAAAUGAUCAGAGAUGCUGAUUUGGACGGCGAUGGGUUAAUCAAUUACGAGGAAUUCGUGAGAAUGAUGUUAGCUAUUUGAAUCGAAUUCAAUUAGUUUCCUAUUAAUCAAAUCUGAUGAGAUAUUUGUGAGAGUAUGACCACCCAGAAUGAUGUACUGAUCUGUCUACCAGAAUGAAAUAUAUAUGUAGGUACUUCAAUGAUUUUAAAUAAGCAAAAACGAGGAGUACUUCCUGAUCA